AUGGCAACAACAACAGCUCCUGACAUUCACAAUGUGAUCCACGUCCUGCAACAGGACAUUGAAAACCUCAAUCAUGACAAGAUGAUGCUUCAAAAAGAAAAGGACGACGAAAGCGAUCGAUUGAAUGCCGAAGUUGCCUAUCUAAGACAGCGCGUUGAAGAUAUCCAGCAUGAAAACAAUUCCAUCAGCAAAGCACAAUCUCGUCUUGAAACACAACUCUAUGCCCAAGAACAAGAUAAUGCAAAGUUGCGUAAAGAACUGAACCAACUGACUAAGGCCAAAAAGGAUGCGGAAAAGAAAUUGACAGCUGAGCUUGAAGAAUUCGAGAACGACCGAGCAAGAUGGCAGCAACGAGAAGCUGACUUGUACAACCAAAUCCGCACUUUGCAUGCCACUCAAGGCGAGCCUAGAACACCACGUACACCUCGUCGUCGUAGUGUCACUGCAACAACCAUGAGCAAUACUACCACUAUGAGUCCUUUCACUAAUUAUCCAUUGGGUGAUAUUGGUGAAGAUAAUGAGGCGCAGGAACAAGAAUCUCCUUCCUCCCCCAAUGGCCUUGUUGCUCAGGCACCUCCAAAAUUGGCAGCUAUUGAUGCAUCUUAUGCCCGUGAAGCCAAGAUUGCUCAACGCACUAUCAAGGCUCAAGACAAGUUGAUUGCUGAGCUCAAGAAUGAUAUUGAAAAGCAGAAUGCUCUUAUUGAAGAACAACGCAAUGAUGCAAAGCAACAAUCGCUUCGUAUGGAACAUCUUGAUCACGAGAUUGCCAGUAUCAAACAAGUCAACCGUUCUCUCAUGGAAGACAAUGAAAGCUAUCAGAUCUUAUUACAUGAAAAGACAAUCAGUGGUGAAUUCAUUAUGAACCCCAUUAUGCAGGUGGAGGAAGAAAAACGACGCAGCAUGAAAGCAUCCACAAGCACUGGUAGCAAUGGGUUGAAUUUGGCCGCUGAGCUCAACCUUGCUUCUGUUGGUACAUCGGAUUGGGAAGCACAACAAAAAGCGAGUGAGACUGAUCAAACCAUUUCGAAGCUGUCGGAGGAGAACAAGAUGUUACAGGAUACCAAUCGUGCAUUACAGCUGUAUAUGAACAAGAUUUUGAUGAAGAUUAUCAAUGAUAAGCAACUUGUGGAUGUUCUCAGUAUUGAUCAACCCAAGCCAACACCUGUCACCACGACAGCAACCAGCUCACGACUUGCUGAACAAGCCAAGCAACAAAAGAAAUCGACGACACCUGCUGCACCUACACCUGGUCCUGGUCCCGCACCCAGUCGCACACUUUCAAGUAGUUUAUUGGGCAAAGCAACCUCUGGACGACAGCAACGACGUCGUACCAUUUCUUAUUGGAGUGGUGGUGGUAAUAAGGGGCCUACGCCACCAGCUGCAGCACUCGUCAAUGACAAUAGCAAAAAGAGUGGUACCACAGAAUCAGCUACACGUUCGACGAAUGAUGCAGCAGCAGCAGAUCAUCACACCUCCAGCACACCUACCAGCCCUACGACGGCUACGGGUUCUCGUCGACAUAGUACGCAUGCUGGUAAUGGAGGUUGGGCCAAGGCUUUACGUCGUAUGAGUGGUAUUGGAUGGUCUUCAUCUUCAACAACAACAACAUCACCACAUCAAGGCGGCAAAAGUAGUGACGAUAGCAACAAUGACACCACCACCACCACUACCAGUAGUAGUACUACUACCACCAGCGACACCUCCUCCGCUACCUCUGAUAACAACAACAAUGCACGAGAUGCCCCCUCUCCCAAAUUGGCAGCUCCAAGUAUGAGUCGUUCAACAAGCACCACUUCCUCGUCUUUACGUCGUAGCAGUGAACUUGCCACUCUUCAAGAAGAGUAG